UACUUUGUGGCAACGGCGUCGUAUAUGAGUCUUUGUUUUUCAUGUUCUUCUUCUCCUUUUUCUGUUGACGGUGGCGCUGAUCUGAUAGGAAUCCAGGAUCCGAUCACUGCAGCAGCAAGCAAUGGCAGGGGCAGCCUCGGCUCUGUUCCUACUCGACAUCAAAGGCCGCGUCCUUAUCUGGCGCGACUACCGAGGCGAUGUCUCCGCCGUCGACGCGGAACGCUUCUUCACCAAGCUCAUCGAGAAACAGGCCGAUCCGCAGUCUCAAGAUCCGGUCGUGCUCGACAACGGCGUGACCUACAUGUUCGUUCAGCAUAGCAACGUCUACAUCAUGAUAGCCACCAGACAGAACUGCAAUGCCGCCAGCCUCCUCUUCUUCCUGCACCGAAUCGUCGACGUGUUUAAGCACUACUUCGAAGAAUUGGAAGAGGAAUCGCUUAGGGACAACUUCGUCGUCGUGUAUGAACUACUUGAUGAGAUUAUGGACUUUGGCUAUCCUCAGUACACCGAGGCGCAAAUUCUUAGUGAGUUUAUCAAGACUGAUGCUUAUAGAAUGGAAGUUACGCAGAGACCUCCCAUGGCUGUGACUAAUGCCGUGUCUUGGCGCAGCGAAGGGAUAAACUAUAAGAAAAAUGAGGUUUUCUUGGAUGUGGUGGAGAAUGUUAAUAUACUUGUCAAUAGCAAUGGACAAAUAAUUCGAUCUGACGUUGUUGGGGCGUUGAAGAUGAGAACGUAUUUGAGUGGUAUGCCUGAGUGCAAACUUGGCUUAAAUGAUAGAGUAUUGUUAGAGGCACAAGGUAGAACAACAAAGGGAAAGGCUAUUGACUUAGAAGACAUCAAAUUUCAUCAGUGUGUGCGUUUGGCUCGAUUUGAAAAUGAUAGAACAAUUUCCUUUAUACCACCUGAUGGGUCGUUUGAUUUGAUGACAUACAGGCUCAGUACACAGGUUAAGCCUUUAAUUUGGGUGGAAGCAAGUGUUGAAAAGCAUUCAAAGAGUCGGAUUGAGAUUAUGGUGAAAGCAAGGAGUCAAUUUAAGGAGCGUAGCACUGCCACAAAUGUGGAGAUUGAGUUGCCAGUGCCUGUUGAUGCAACAAAUCCUAAUGUUCGAACUUCAAUGGGAUCUGCAUCAUAUGCACCUGAAAAGGAUGCGUUAAUCUGGAAAAUUAGAUCCUUCCCUGGAGGCAAAGAAUAUAUGUUGAGAGCAGAGUUUCGUCUUCCAAGUAUAACAGAUGAGGAUGCAACUCCUGAGAGAAAAGCCCCUAUAAGUGUCAAAUUUGAAAUACCAUACUUUACCGUUUCUGGCAUACAGGUUAGAUAUUUGAAGAUUAUUGAGAAAAGUGGUUAUCAGGCUCUUCCAUGGGUGAGAUACAUAACGAUGGCUGGAGAGUACGAACUACGGCUUAUUUAAGAACUUGUAUCUUUCUUUGGCGCUUGAAUUUCUCCGAAUAAUUGUGUCAACUUCCAUGGUUAAUGGUUUUAAACUGGUGGGUGGUAGAGGAACUCGAAUGAAAUUAGUUACAUUUUAUAUGGCGUGAUCAUAUCUCCCAUCAUGAUUGUUGUUUUGGCAACAGAUCGCAAGUUGCCCUUGUCCAUAAAGUUCAGGAAUUGGCAAGUGUAAGGCUGUAUCUUCUGUAAGUGUUUUUUUGUUCAAAUCUGUUUUUUGUUGGGAAAAUGCUUGAUUUUUUUUUUCCUUCUAUUGCUUUUUAUUUACAAUCUGUCAAUCUUUUCCCAAUGUCUUCAGUUUGAUUUAUUUGUAAGAGAAUUAUUAGCUUUUGUAUUACGAAGACUGAAUAUUUCCCCCCUCAUUAUUUUGUAUCCACUAUCUGACCCUCUCUUGUAUUAA